UCUCAGCAGUCCCUCCUCCUUUCAGUUGUCCUCACACUGCAUUUAGAUCUCCUACCUUCCUCACAGCGAGUCUCCUCGGCUUGAUCGUUGUCUCUGCGUCACUGUGGUCGUGGGAAGGAUGCUGUCCCGCAAGCUCCUGGCUCUGCUGGGGCUCCUUGUGCUCUGCAAAGGCCAGGAGGAAAGUGAAGCAGGCGAAUCUUGUGAUAACUUCACCGACCUCGACCUGACCCACUGCUUCGUGGGAACCACCCUGUAUGUGCGGCUCCUGCUCUACACUCGCUCCAACCUCGACUGUGGCCGCGAACUGAACCACCACCACCUGUCCUCCCAGCCGCUCUUCAGCCUCUCCCGUCCCACCGCCUUUGUCAUCCAUGGCUACCGGCCCACCGGCGCGCCCCCUAUCUGGAUCAACCACAUAGUCCACCUGCUAGCAGAGCAGGAAGACAUGAACAUCAUCGUGGUGGACUGGAACAAAGGGGCAGCCAACCUUAACUACUUCACUGCUGUGAGUUACACCAGAGAGGCCGCUCUCAACCUGACAGGCUUCAUCAUGACGAUGGAGGCUGAAGGAGCCUCUCUGAGCUCAGUUCACCUGAUCGGCGUCAGUCUGGGAGCUCACCUGGCUGGUUUUGUGGGAGCAAACCUGAAGGGGAAGAUUGGCCGUAUCACAGGUCUGGACCCUGCUGGACCGAUGUUCACCAGGGCCACGCCAGAGGAGAGGCUGGACCCCUCGGACGCCAUGUUUGUGGACGUCCUUCACACCGACAUGAACUCCUUUGGACUGAGAGGAGCUCAUGGCCACAUUGACUUCUACGCCAACGGAGGCGCCGACCAGCCGGGGUGUCCCAAAACCAUCUUUUCAGGUAAAUCUUACUUUGUGUGCGACCAUCAGCGCUCCGUCUUCCUGUUCCUGUGCGCUCUGAACCGAACCUGCACCCUCACCGGUUACCCCUGCUCGUCCUACAGCGACUUCCUGGACGCCCGCUGUCUGCAGUGCGAGACCUUCAAACCGGCCUCCUGCCCCGUACUCGGUUAUGACGUCAGCCCGUGGAGGGAGACUCUGCAGCAGCUCGGACAGACCAAAGUCUUCUUCAGCACCACCGGCGCGCUGCCCUACAAGAAGCUGAUGUACAGAGUGGACAUGGUGACAUGGAACCAGUACCUGCGCUGGGGGGUCGUCUACAUCCGGCUGCACAGCGGCAGGAACGUCACAGAGGCCCGAAUAGACCAUAAGCUGCUCCGGUUUGAGCAGUACACCUCCACACGGCUGCUGGCCCAGUUCGAUGAGGAUCUGCAGCACAUCCAGAAGAUCUCCCUACGAAUCAACACCGGCAACGUCAUCGGCCCUCGCUACAAAAUCCGGCUGCUGCGAGUCCGCUUCACGCCACUGGAGCUUCCUGAGAGGCCUUUGAUGUGCCGCUUCGACAUCAUCAUGGAGGAGAACAUAGAGGUGGCGUUUCGGCCUCUGCCCUGCGGCUCCCGCCUCUGACUUUAACACAGCCUAAUUCCCUCUUUGGAAACCCAUCGGACUCACCUGUAAUCCUAUUAGAGGACCCUCGGGCGUCCUCUGGGUGCUACAGGCUCUCCCAUCCCACCAGGCGGACCUGCGGGGGCCCCCACAGGAGAGCUGCCAGCCUCCUCGCCGUGCUGUGGAUUACUCCUGGUUUUAACAACCAGGAGGAUGAAAGCUAAUUAAAGUUAUGUUAAGCUACAAGAAAACUGAGAUUUUUAACAAGAUUCUGGAAGAAGCUGCUGCUGAGCUUCAUCGGUCUGCGUUCAUGUUGGGUUUAUCUGGGCACAAAACCCGCUGGAACGCGAGACCAACAACUGCACGACAAACAAGGCAAGAAGGCGCUCUCCGUGUUUGUGGCUCGCGAGGGAAGUCAGCCAAAGUUUCCUUCACCUGAACUCAGCCAACUUCAACUGAUUCCUUCGCUACAGCCCUUGUUAUUCUCAGCAAGCAAUCAUUCAUGAAUAUGCAAUUACAAAUACACAGGACAUUCUCAAACAGGCAUCUCUGAACAACAUCAGUGUCUGUAUUCUGUGUGUGUAGGUGCAUGUGUGUGUGUGUGUUUCCAGCCAUACUAUACAUAGACAUAGAAGUAGUAGAAGUAAGCGUCUUACUAAACUAUAAAAACAGGAACUUGCAAUAGGUCAUAUCUCAAAUACACAUGUAAAGGUGUGAAGUCUUGCACAUCAAGAAACAGAACAGUCUGGUAUCAACAGCUAUAAUUACAACGUCAAGGCUGCUUCCUCGCACACAGUCUUAUCAGACCUAAUAAGCAUAUGACUUUGAUCAGCAUGCAAACGAUCAUAUAUUUCUAAGCACAAAUGACAACAUAAAAACAUCUCACUCUUACAGUUCACCUGCUGUGAAACUCACACUGUCCACAAGGAAAUGCAGAAUUUAUCUGUGUGUUUGAAGACGACACAUUUGCAGAAAGAAAAACAUUUAGAUUACUUUUUGUAAAUGUUGCGAGUUUGUCACUGACAUCGAGUGGCAGGGACAGAGUUUACAAAGGAGCUUUUAAGCAGUAUAAUAUCAUAAAAUCUGGAUUCAUGGAAAGAAGCUUUCCUGCGGCACUCCCAGGUGCGGUGAUUACCUGUAAUAUGUUUUCAUCAUUGCUUCUAAGCUUUCUGAUCUCCUGAGUUCAUGAUCACGUGGUUCUCUGCCUAAAACUGCCCAAAGAACAUCUCCCCUUUAAAGCAUGAACCAUGAAAUAAUUGCCACACAUAAUUAUGUCAUUUGCCACAAUUCAAAAUCAUUUUUGUAAUUUAUUGACUAAAAAUUAAUUGUGUAUUUAUUUAUUUAGGUUUUCAGGGGGG